CGGAUCUCGCUGCACCGCCUCCACAAGGGCAGCGCGGACAAUGCCGCCGCUCCGUCGCCCGGGUAACCAUAGCCGCCUCUCCGCCGCCACGUUCUAACCUGGGUUCGCGCUCGGCGGCCGCAUUCCAAUCUCCGCCGUGGUCUGGAUAAUGUCGGUGAUCUUCACAAACUGAUGGAUAUGUCAUAGGAUUAUGCAGCCAGUUAAAUCAUACAACUGUGUGCGAUGUGGCAAUGACUUUGCCAGUCAAAUGGCCCUAAAGCACCAUUUCCAGACUAAACAUAUUGGAAAAGUGUAUUGUGAUAAAUGCGGAACUGAGGUACAGCGAGAAAAAUUGAAGGAGCAUGAUCAGAUGGUACAUUGCAAAGAGGAACAUAGUUUGUCAAGAGAGUACCUACAUUGGGAUCAGCCCCAACAGCAUGAGGACAAAUUUGUGGCAUCAGGAAAGAGUGUUUCUUGCCGUAUGUGUGGCAGGAGUUUUGGAACUAUCCACAGCAGGGAGCAGCAUGAAAGGCAAGAUCAUCAUUUUACAGCCAGCCAAAGAGCAAGAAUGUCAACAGCAUUCUGCGCAGAUAGUAUACUGGAUCAAAGAAGUCCACAGCUAUUACAGAUAUUUGUAGAAACAAACCUUCGACCGCAGAUGGGACUGAUGAGAGUGGCUUGUGCAGGGGAAGUAGAAAACUUCAUUGACUUAAUCCAAAAAUGCUGUCCCAUAACUGUAACUCGACUGAUCAAGGGUGGUUCUUACUUCAAGGGGACCGACACCAGGAGUUGGUCUGAUAUUGACGUAGUGAUAUUUAGUUCUUCGUUUUUGAACAUUGAUGACUGCAAAGAGAAAAUAUCUUCCUCGCUAUGUGGUUUGGAGAAUAAUUUGAUGAUAUCUGCGAUGUCGAAUAGGAUAUUGGUAGAAAGGAAGGCUUCACAUUCUCUUCGAUUUCAGUUCAAGUGUUUCAAAGAUCUGCACAUUCACCACUUUGAUGUCAUAUUUUGCUAUGAUUUAUUGGGCCCCAUUGCAUCCCAAGAUGCUAAAAGGAACCUAUAUCGGCAACUGUAUAAUUGUGGGGAUGAUGUAAAAAUUCAGCUUUAUUCAAUCUCUUUGCUGAAAUACCAAGUGGAUUUUGUAAAGGCAUCUACUUUGGGUGUGAAGGAUCUGAUUCGUCUGGUUAAACAUUGGUUUAAAACUUCACUUGCUAAACCAACUGAGGCUAAUAGGAUCUCAUCUCUCUUCCUACUCACUUCAUUGGUACUAAUAUGGUCAUCGACCCCAGGCUGCUCAUCAUUCGUUCUCAGAAUGUCCUAUGCCUGCUAAGAGACAUCCUUGACCCCAAUACCAUGGAGGCAACACACCAUCCUGGAUUCCUGUUUGCAGCCACAGAAAUACCUGUAUGAGCCCCAUCAACAUUGCUUGCCUAGACGUAGCCCUAUCCUGCAUGUCCAAUACUGAUAGAUGUGGUGCACUCUGCUGGCUGUUGCUACUAUUUGCCCCUGAGUGAGCAUCCACAUUGUAGAUGACAUGUGUGCACCUUUAACAUAGUGACCUCACCACUACUAACCACUCCCCAAAUCACAAGUAUAAUUACAACCUCCCCACCCACUGAUCUCUCUCUAGUUCCCGUGACAGACCACGUACAGCUAGUGCAGUAAUGUAUGUACAGUAUGAAUAAACUGGAGUAAAGCCACAGAGUGUAAAUGACUCUUCUUUACACACAUCACCCCUCCCCAAUAGUGUACAAAAUGAUACACUAGUUUGAGAUGGAGAUAGCAACAGGAGACUCGUGCACUAGCUGCUUGCCUCUCCUGCCAGUCACCCAUCUAUUUGGCUGAACCUUUAGUGUAGCCACCUCCCUGAAAUUAUUUAUGACCCUCUCUGCCUACUGUAUGUUCUUCAGCUGCUGCUGCAAUAGAUCAACGCGGUCUGAGUGGUACUGCAGCUGAACACAGUCUUGCUGACAUAGUCAUUAGGGACAUAUAACUGCUGCCUGAUUCCCCACAUCUGACAGGAGGAUCAUACCACUCCACUGACUACCAUAAAUGCUCCCCCUAAAAGACACAGUAAAAAAUAAAUCUAGGAACUGCAAGGAGAAAUAUUAAACAUCUUGCCUUAUUCUUAUCUUAAUUCUGUCCACCAUUUUCAACAAAACCUACAAUAUCAGUAACACUUUCACCUCAAAUAAGUUAUACAGUCAAAUCAUACUAUACAUGAAUAGUCUUAAGUUUGAAGAAGGGUCCCGACCCAAAACAUCGCCCCUUCCUUCUCUCCAGAGAUGCUGCCUGUCCCGCGGAGUUACUCCAGCAUUUUGUGUCUAUCUACAUGAAAAAUAGAAACAUAGAAAAUAAGUGCAGGAAGAGGCCAUUCGGCCCUUCGAGCCAGCACCGCCAUUCAAUGUGAUCAUGGCUGAUCGUCCCCUAUCAAUAACCGAUGCCUGCCAUCUCCCCAUAUCCCUUGACUCCACUAGCCCCUAGAGCUCUAUCUAACUCUCUCUUAAAUCCAUCCAGUGAUUUGGCCUCCACUGCUCUUUGUAGCAGGGAAUUCCAUAAAUUCACAACUCUAUGGGUGAAAAAAUGUUUUUUCACCUCAGUCUUAAAUGACCUCCCCUUUAUUCUAAGGAUACAGUCAAGACAUACACAAGUACAACAGGUAGUGCAAAGAGAAAAAUACCAUACUGCAAAA